CUGUUACAAUACAGAAAGGCAGUGGAGGACUCAACAAGUUUAAUCCUGUAGAUGGUGCUGUAAGAUUCGCUGGGCUACACUAGAACACUGUCUUCAUGAGGGAAGUGUUUUCAAACUGUGAGUACUUACUUGUCUAUGCAGUAUUUCAAUUGCAGAGCUUUCUUCAGCAGUGAUUUUUAAGACACCAUCAGUAAGGAGAAAUAUGUUGCCAUCUGUGGAGGACUCAUGGAACAACCUUACAACCCUACAGAAAGUAGCUUUAGGCCUUGGAAUUCCAGCAAGUGUCACAGUCCUUUAUAUACUAUAUCGCAGGUAUAAGGAAAGCCAAGAAGAUAUAGUGACUUUCAUAGGGCAAGAUGAAAUUGAAGUAGACAUGAAAGUCCCACAGGAUGCUGUGAAGCUGAUAAUUGGCCGACAGGGAGCAGUAAUAAAACAGCUCAGGAAGGAAACAGGAGCCCGAAUUGACCUAGAAGAUGGUGACGGAGAAGACAUGGUUGGACAGCGGACAUUACUGAUAUGUGGGCACCCAGUUCAGGUCUGCAAAGCUAAAGCCAUGAUUCAUCAAAUUCUAGCAGAUAAUGUGCAGGUUACAGAGAAGUUUUAUGUACCACAACAAAGCGUUGGAAGAAUAAUAGGUAGAGGUGGUGAAGUUAUCAGGUCAAUUUGUCGUCAGUCCAGGGCAAGAGUAACUUGUGAGAAGGAGACCAGUGAUCAAAAACCCACACUAAAAAGACUUAUCACAAUACAGGGGAACAAAAAGGAGGUCCAGGAAGCAAAGGAUUUGAUUUUGGAGAAGGUUGCUGAGGAAGAAGAGUUUAGAAAGAAAAUCAUUGCAUCUGCUGCAACUCGUCAACUCCGAAAACAGCCCGCUGGUAUUAGGAAGGAGGAGUUUAAACUUUCAUUCCCAGCUGGUGCAAAUCUAGCAGGAGUGAGUAGAAAUGAUAAUGUGACAUCGUUGGGUCAUCCUAAAGAUGAAACCACGCAGGUUGGGUCUAUGUUAAGUGCUUUGUCUGCAAGACUAAAUGAAACAACUCCUGGGAGGGAUAAAGGAACUAUGACAGAGUCCUUGAAAAGUACUUUGCCCAAAGGACUGAUUGAAGAAACAAACUCUGGGAGUGCUAAGGGUACCAGGACUGAAUCUUUGGAAAAUGCUUUGCCCUUAGGACUGAAAAAGGGUACCAGAAGUGAAUCUUUAGAAAAUGGUUUGUCCACAAGACUGAAUAGUGAAGCAAACUCGGAGACAGAUAAUGAGCCCCAUGAAUUUUCUGAUGAUGUAUCAAAAUUUGAAAUUCCCAGCCCUGAUCUCAGCUUCCAGCCAGAUGAGCAUCUUGAGGUCUGUGUUUCUGCAAGUGAAAAUCCCAACCAUUUUUGGAUCCAGAUCCUAGGCUCUCGAACUCUGCACCUUGAUAAGCUGACAAAGGAGAUGUCACAGUACUACAAUACCUGUGAUAGAGAAGAUGAAGUACUGAGUGCUCAAGUUGGAGAUAUUGUAGCUGCCCCUUAUACUGGGGAGCAGAGUUGGUAUCGAGCCAGAGUUCUUGGAUUCCUGGAGAAUGGAAACAUUGACCUUUAUUAUGUAGAUUAUGGUGAUAAUGGAGAGUUUCCACUGUCAACACUGCGUGCUCUGAGGAGUGAUUUCUUAAGUCUACCAUUUCAAGCUAUUGAGUGUGGUUUGUCUGAGGUUGCUCCUGUUGGUACACACUGGACAGAGAAAUCUCUUGAUGACUUUGAUCGCCUUACAUACUGUGCACAAUGGAAACCGUUGGUGGCAAAGAUAUGCAGCUAUAGUCAAGCUGGGAGCUCUACACGGCCAAGUAUCAAGUUAUAUGAUGCUGGGAGUGGGAAGAGUAUUGAUAUUGGUGAGGAACUAAUUCAUUUGGGCCAUGCAGUUUAUCAGCCACAUGAAGAACACAGAAACUCCAGGGACAGAUCUGAUCUUUCAGUGAAAGAAGACUCGGAAAAGACACUUAAAAAUAUGCUGGAUGAUGUUACAGAUGCUUCUCCAGGGAGCUUUCCAACUGAAUUACUGACGAGAAAACCUUCUGAAGAUAUGCUGGAACUGUCAGAAAAAAUGUCAUUUGAAGAAUAUGAGAAAAGCAUGAAGGUUAGCAGCAGACUAAACAACUUUUCCAGUUUGGAGCUUAGAUCUGUUGAACAUUUCCGAAGUGAUGUUGAAAGUGAAAUAGCUUCUGCUUUUGCAGCUUCAUUGGCUCUACGAGACAUAAUUCAUUCUUCCUCUCCAGCCUGUAGUCCUCAUGAAACUGAGGACCAAGUAUCCAGGGUGCAUUCAGUGAGUCUUGAUCAGUCAGACUGCACAGACCAUGAGGAAAUGCAUUUCAGUGAUCUUCAGCUAACACCCAUCAAAGUGGAUUUUGUUUACCCCCUGAAAAGUAGACUGAGCCUUUUGAGAAGUCAGAGUGACUCUUUGUCCCCUGAUGAUCUUAUCACUGGGGAACCAGUGAUGCCACAAGGUGAGAAUGAUUAUAGUGACACUACUGAUCAGCAGCUUUCCUCGCAGGGACAGAACAUGCCAAAAGAUGAUAGCAGUAGUUCUGUUAAGGCGAUUCUUUCAGAGGAAGACGGUCAUAAAAUGCAUUAUCAAGUGCCCUGCAUAAGUUCCAGCAGUAGAUCAACAUCUUCAAGUCAUUUCUCCUCACUACAUUCUGGCAGUGAUCCUGAGUUAUCUAAGGAGACAGUAACUUCAGAAAGUCUUCCAACUCUUUCCAGCAGCAGAAGUGCUACAGAAUCAACUUCUGCUGACAGCAGUGUGUACUCUCUGCGAGGGUGUUUUUAUUAUGCAUCAUCUUCAGAGGAUUCAUCUGAAUCUUCUUGCAGUACAAAUUCAGAAUAUUCUGAAGAGUCUCAGAAUGACGUGAUUAUCAUCAGUUCCUCUGCUGAUGAAGGAGAAGAAAGCCUACCGAUGACUUGUUCAGAUGAAACCUCUGUUUCUAAAAAUGACGAUGAACUUGUCCUCCUAGAUGAUGAUUCACAAUGAAGCUACAUUGUGGUUUCUGUUUUCAGGAGUUGAUGGAGUAAUGCAAAAAAAGUAGCUGAAAAUAUUCUACUCUCCAGAAGAACAGUGAAGUGUAUUUGAGUCCUGGUGGUGGUUGUGACCGAUAUACUGAAUGUUUACAUUUGAAGUGUUUACUGAUUAUUGGUUUGUCUUGCACAUGUUGGCCCUUUCUUUGGAUCAAGCUGAUUUCACGACAAAGCAUCUUGGAAUACAUAGACAAAAGAGAUCCAUUUGAAUUUAUUUUUCUACAUUCCCUUUUUAUGCUGUCAUUUUGUUAUCUGCCACUGUAUGUUAUACACAGGAAAAGUAACCUUUUACAGUUCCUACUCUGAUUAAAUCAGUCUUUUGGUGGUGGUGUUUUUAAAGAGAUUUAUACAGUCACAGGGGAAAGUAUAUUUUCAAAAGUGCAAUACCUGUAAAUUUUCCUGUUUGCAGUUUUUUUGUAAUACUUGCUUUGGUUUAACAUUUAGUAAUGUUUUUUUUUCUGUUAUCGAGUUAAAAAGUUUACGUACAAACCAUUAAUCAUUUGAGUUUCUUCAGGGAUGUGUAUUUGACUAGAGCUGGAGAGCUAGGCUUACACUUUGCAGUCUUAACACUAGACAGAAGUUCCGUUACGUUACCACCUGUUACACUGUUCUCAUAUUUUUUUUUCUGUAGGCUUCAUUGCUGUAACCCUUCUUUGUCUUCUUAUUAGUGAUCCAGUAUCUUCCACACUGAUGUCAGCUCUAUGCUGUAUAAAUUUCUGUGAAAUAUUUUUGGCAAACAUCAGUGAGGAAAUAUUUGGUUUUGUAGCAUCACCCCUUUUAUUCAAAGAAACAAACAUCAUUUAAUGUUUCUAUUUAGAAUUUUGUGUUAUUUUCCUGCUUUCUUCUGUGUGCAUUACAAUUGUACUUUAUGGCAUGGGAUGUUUUGGUUCUUACCUAAAUACACUUUUGUAUGCUGUUGGGUCUUUGGUAGAAAGUUGAUGCAGCAGAGAGCAUUUCUGAAUGUUUACCCAAAAGCUAGAUUUCAGAUUCGAUCUAAAGUAGCAUGUGCUCACUUUGUAAUGACGGACGUGCUUAGAUUAGUUGUGCUAGAAUAUGAAUAUGUAUAAAAGUACAUUGGCCUUCUCUAAUGCAAAGUUGUGCAAUUUGAAUGUAUAAAAAAUAUAGUGCACACAGUUGAAGCACAUUGUUUCACAUAUUCUGUAGACAGUUUUUUCCCCCUGAAUUUAUUUGAUUUGAUGUCUUAUUUAAUUCUGUUUCAUGUGCUACACACUUACUUUUCGCGCUGUCCUCAUAUGUCUUUUUAAGAUAAACACACUGCUGAAACCCAAGUUUAAGUAUGCAUGAAAGUCAUAGUUAAGCUUAAGAACACACAGACUGGAAAUUGUACAGAGGAUGUCAUUGUUUUGUCACACUCUUGCAUGAAUUACUAGUCCUCCUAACAAGUGAUGUCUGAGUGGCACUACUUUAGUCAAAACAUGUAAAUGUGACAGUUUUCCAGCGUUCUAGAUGGAUACACCCCAGUACCUAAUGUGAAGGGUUCUACCUUGGACAUUCCUUCUGCCUUGAAAGAUUAUAUCAGCAAAGCUGAUUUUCUCUAAGUAAUGUCAUCCACUCUAAUUGUACGCAGACCUUCACAAGUACAUUUAGCAUUCCAGGACAGUUUAGCUUGAACAUACUUCGCCCUGGUUUCAUAUCUACAUUUUGUGUCAAACAGUUGCCAACAGCUUGGAUAUUAAAUCAGAAGGCAUGUAUUACAUUGUCUUCUGUUUUUACCUUUGGUGCAGAUUUACACAAAUGCAAGCUGUGAAGCUAGAAAACAUGAAACUGUUCUUAGUACAGCAUUCUGUUUUAACCUCACUUUAACUUUCUUCUCGUUUGCGAUUUCAUUUUAUUUUAACAAAGGGGGAGAAUCAUUUAAUGCACUUGUAGAUGAAGGGGUUUGCCAAGCCCCAAUUAAUAUUGUACUUCAUGUAGUUGAACCUAUGGAUUCUGUUUUCAAAUUUUGAUACAUUUUUUUUGUUUGUUUCCUUCCAGACAGUUAUUUGUUGGGCAUUUACUUCUCUCUAAAGUUUGUUAUAGUAGUAGACUCCUAGUAGGCGGAGCCAGAGGUGUUGCACUUUGGUGGAUUAAGAUCAUUUCAGAGCAGAAUUAGGAAUAAUAUCUUCUGCACAUUGUGUUCAAUUUCCAUAUGUAGAUUUUACAGAUUUUUCUUUUGAAAAAGUUAUGCUUCCUGAGAAGUUAUAUUUCAAUUUUUAUGUUACAGCAUUUGUCCCCAGUACUUAAGUAAGAAGUGGAAAUGACAGUAAAAGGACAUUUCAGGGGGUUGCUAUUGAGGGUGUCUGUUAACAUGCAUGCCAAAUCAUAUGGCUUAUGCUAGAAAACACUUAAAAUGUAGUAUACUAGUCGUGCAAUAAAGACAUGUUAUGUAGAUACUCUGUUAAAAUAAUUUGCAAAAUGUUAAAUUUAUUUUUCUCUAUAGUAUGAAAGUUUGUUUUGAAAAGCAGUAUGUUAUGUAGAUGCUAUAUUGAAAUUUGCACUCGUAAUUUUUUUCUCAAUAAUAAAUAUGACUGAGAAUUUAUUUCUGAUGCUUUAUUUUGUGUCCUUUGCCUGCAAACAAAUCCCAUCUGAGGUGCUUUUCAUGUUAAACCUUUCCAGUUUAUAGUGUUGCAAUAAAUACUAC